ACUACAAUCAAUUAGCAAAUAUGCAGUCCAACAAGAUUUCCCUUCUGUUCUUUGGUGUCCUUGCCAUUGUGAUCGCUGUUUCCAUGUCCGCGGAAGCUCAGGACAACGACGUGAUUAGUGACCGUCGUUUUCGUUGGGAAUUCUCGCACGAUUCUGACGAGUCUGCCCAUGAUUUACAAGAGGAUGAUGCCGAUCAAUCUAAUAAUGGUGGCAAGCCAAGCGGACAAGAUACUAUAGAAAUUAUCGACGAGGAGUCCUGGGAGAGCGAUCCUAAGAAAUCUAAAGAAAGCGCAUCAAAUGAAUCUUAA